AUAAGAUAGCUCAGUUGUUCGCGGAACGUGAAGUUAGUAGGUAUGCAUGUGGUGCUAUUCUACGUAUGGUUGUUAGUGACGUGUUGAGAAUAUUUUGUGUAACGUGAAAGAGUGACAGGUUGCAAGUUACCAUUGUGAUUUUCUGUUAUAGCAUAUUAUUUGCUUCACAGUCCUUGAUAAUUCAGUAAUUUGACACUAGAUGUUGCUGGCUUUGAACGUUAUUACGAGACAGUAGUAAAAUCGAUUUUUAUUCCUCGAAAGCGCCAGUCUCGAAUUAUGGGUGUAGUGUUCAGCGUAAUUACAUCCAGUUUCGAAAUAAUCAUUCGUCAUACUGUGGAAUUUGUGAAUGUGAAGUAAAUUACUUGAAAAUAAUUGGAUAGAAUAUAAGUUUUAAAAAGAUACUUUUCUGAUAUAAAACAGUAACUAGAGUGAACAUGAUAUCAUAUUCGACUGUAACCUCAAAGGCUCAAUCGUCCAGAAUGUUAUCAGCAUGGCUACGUUGUGUUGUGUUUGCAUUAACAGUGACGAUCAUGUUCAGUGUUUCUGUUGUAAAUGGAGAUGAAGAUUUCUGCGUCAUGGACACAUUUCGAAGUAAUUCCACGUGGUUGCAGUUCACAAAAGAACUCAGCAAUCAAGAAUAUGUUGUAGCACAGAAGUUCAAGAGCCUCCACUGUUGUGCCAAGGGGUACCGGAGUAUCGAGUGGUACAAGGACGGAAGACCUUAUCCGUGGCCCGGGGUGGUGUCCGGGUUCAUUCUGUAUCCAGAGUCGGCGAACCAAACCAUCUAUUCCAACUCAGUGGUGCAGUCUGACUCUGGCAACUACUCUUGUCUCGUAAGAAACGACACAGACGAGCUCUGGCACACAAUUAAUGUCACGGUGAUGGAUUCUGCUGGUUACUCUGGUACGCCGCUGCAGAUGUAUGAACCACAUGAUCUGUAUGUUAAAAUUGGGGAUGAAGCAAGGCUCUUCUGCGAAGCGUUUGUUGGUCGAAUUGAUCUACCAGAUGCCUACAACGAGGUCCAUUGGAAGAGAAUGGAGCACAACGGUUCUGUAAAACCUCCUGAAAGAUUUCAAGUGACCAAUAAAUCACGGGAAGACAAUGAGAUUCUGGGUUCACACCUGCUGAUUCGUGGAGUGAGAAGAGAAGACUUUGGACAGUACACAUGUCAGAUUAGCAAUACUUGGUUUCAGUCUGUUGACACAUCAGUGUGGCUCAGAGAGAUUGUGCCAUAUCAUGAUGAGAGCCAGGACAAGACAGCGUACAAGCAGAUCCUAUUAGUGUUUGCAGCAGUUAUCCUUUCAUCUCUUACACUAGUUGCUCUCUACUUACGCUUUGGAUUGCAAGUUCGAGUUAUCUGGAAAGACUCCUUCUGUAGGCAAGAAACUAAUGAUGGCAAAGAUUAUGAUGCCCUCGUAUGUUAUGAUGACAGAGACUCAGAUUUUGUACUGGGCAUGUUGGUGCCAAAACUUGAGACACUUUAUGAUUAUCGCUGUAUUACACAUCAUCUUGGAUCCAUUCAUGGAAACUUUGGGACAGAAUGGUCAGCUGUGCUUAAAGGACCUGCCCAGCAUAGCCGCCGUCUGUUGGUUGUGCUGUCUCCUUCAAUUCUACACGACAGUUGGACAAGUGCUGCUCUCUAUGAGGCUCUUCAUGCUUUACUUACAAUCCAUAACAAGAUUAUUUGCAUAGCACUGCAGCCUCUACCAAAAUGUGACCCAACAAAGAAUGCUCAAGGUGAGAGCCUUUCUACCCUACUGCAUGCAGUUCAUUUGGUGGAGUGGAGGUCAGAGGGAUACUGUGUGGGUAUGGGGGAUAGAAGUCGAGAACACAAAAGGUUCUGGGCCUCAGUUCGCCUCCAUCUGCCCCCACACAGGUAUAGUAGACAGGCAGUAAGUCUUAAACAGGAGCUGAACCAAAUGUCAGUGGCAACUACUGGUAGCAGAGUCAAUGUAUGUACUGCUGUUGGGACCAGCAAACGAGGAACAGUGCUUACAAAUUCACAUGAGAGUCUGGAGGUCCUAGUGUGAAAGAUUAUCAGUUUCCUUGGAGAAGACUGGGCCAGUAUAUCUCAUUAUUUUUGUUACUUCCUCAACAGAACAUCUUGUAAAACAAAUAAAAUUAAAUGUGCAUCAUUAUUAAUAAAAUAUGUUUCAAUAUAUGCCAAAUAUAUAUUAUUUAGCUCUUCUAGCAUUAAAAGGACAGCUUCAGUACCGAAUUAAUUUAAUAUUUAAGAAUCCUAAUGUGACAGGUACUUGAAGGCCUAGAUCAGUUUUGCUUAUCAUUUAUCCCACAAUGUCCAAUUAGCUUAAUUGGUACUCUUCAUUUAGUUUUUUUUUAAUUUAAAAUUCUGUAUUCACAGAAAAAUUUUUACUUACAUUUAGUAGGGUGUAUAUAUUAGGUAUAACAGAUGUCCAAAGACAAAUAGUAGCAUUUAUUGAAUUUAUAGUGGUAUUCUAGCUGAGCCUAUGACUUCCAUCAUGUUUAUAAGUAGAUACGAAUAGUGUAAUAAUCUGCUGAAUAUUUGUGUUAUAGCAUAGACUCAUAUAGGUAACUGUAGUGGGGUAUAAACCCUCACUGAUAUGCUUAAGUGUGUUGUAUUACUUCAUAUUGAUCUUCGAACUGUAAAAAAGCUAUAUUUCUUUUCUAUGUUGUGAUAAGGUGAAGAUGUUUGACUUUCCCAUCUACAAAAUGGGAAAGGAAGUGUGGUAGGUGGUGAAACAUGAAAAAGAGACAAUCUCAUAAUUCCUACAAUGUGUUAAUGACAUAUUUUGAGGCAAGACUGUGUACUAAAAUAAUUUUGUGUAAUAAAAAGAGGUCUUUUUAACCAUAUGUGGCACAGCCGCAAAGGUGUUCUCAGUAGUAAUAUGUCUUUAAUAGAACUAUGAAUAUCUUUUUUAUCUGUCAUAUGACUUUUCAUGACUAAUGUACAGUUCAUGAUGUUACAUCUCUUCAUUGGUUUAUUUGAAUCCUAGUUGUAAAAAAUAAAUGGAUUAAAAUAUAAAUGAGAAAGAAGUAAGAAAAUUAAAAAUUAGCAAAUAAAAUACUUUUUUGGUAGAUAA